UCACCUCUGAACAGAUCGAGCACCUGCACCGGCGAUUCAAGCAGCUGAGCCAGGACCAGCUGACGAUCCGCAAGGAGAAUUUUGACAGCAUUCCUGAUCUGGAGUUCAACCCAAUUAGGGGGAAAAUUGUCCAUGCCUUUUUUGACAAGCGGAACCUGCGGCAGGAGUCGGAUGGGCUGGUGGACGAGAUAAACUUUGAAGACUUCCUGACCAUCAUGUCCUACUUCAGACCCAUCGAGAUGAACAUGGACGAGGAGCAGCUCGAUCGCUUCCGCAAAGAGAAACUCAAAUUCCUCUUCCAUAUGUACGACUCGGACCACGAUGGGAAGAUCACCCUGCAGGAGUACAGAAAUGUGGUGGAGGAGCUGCUGUCGGGGAACCCUCACCUGGAGAAGGAGUCGGCACGGUCCAUUGCCGACGGGGCCAUGAUGGAGGCAGCCAGCAUCUGUGUGGGACAAAUGGGGCCAGACCAGGUGUAUGAGGGCAUCACCUUUGAAGACUUCCUUAAGAUGUGGCAGGGGAUCGACAUUGAAACCAAGAUGCACGUUCGUUUCCUCAACAUGGAGACCAUUGCACACUGCUAUUGA